AGAGCCGGUGCCCGCGUAUUGCAAACCGUCAAUGUAGACAGAGGCAGUCCAGCGCUGACAUACGGCAGUUCAACCUAUUAACAAGAACACCUGCGCGGACCACACAGCCUUUGAGUAUAAAGAGAAAGAUUAAAGCGAAUAAAACAUCUCUGUUUCGUACAGAAAGCUGGACAGAGCGCGGAAUAUACACUGGAAAUUACUCAGACUGGGACCAGCAUGAAGAAAAGCCAUCUGGUCAAAAGGGGUCUUCACGAUGCCAACCAGCCGUCAUCCCAACCGGAUAAAGUGGGCUGGAUCAGGAGGUUCUGUGGCAAAGGGAUUUUCAGGGAAGUGUGGCGAAACCGCUUCGUGAUGCUGAAAGGGGAUCAUCUGUACAUAUUUGAAAAAGAGAUGAAGAAUAAUGGAAAGACACACGAAGUAUUUGACCUGGCUAAAUAUGAGCACUCGGAGGAACUGAAAAAGGCCAAGAGCCACAGCAAGAAGAACCACAGUAAAUUUACACUCUUUCGUAGCGCUCAACCUGGGAACAAGAGUCCAAAUCUUGUGUUUCUGGCAGUGAGUCCGGAAGAAAAGGAAUCUUGGAUCAAUGUUUUAAAUACAGCUAUUACAAGAGCUAAGAACCGGGUUCUGGAUGAGGUGACGAUUGAGGAGGAGAGUCUUCUGGCGCACCCCACACGCGAUCGAGCCAAGAUCCCGCUUGGGCGACGCUUGCCCACGCGGGGUCAUCUCAUGGCUGUGGGAUCUACCAACUCUGAUGGGAUGCUGACACUAGACUUGGUAAAUGAAGAAGAUGCUGGUAUGCUUGAUGAUGAUCAAGAUGAGUGGAUGGAGGACCAUGAGGUCAGUCUGGAUAAGCUUGCUCCUGCCCGCCGACGUGCUGGUACAGAUGUGUUCAGGCCACCAUCCUCCAUUACAGACGCCAAUAUGAACACUGGUAGUUUACCACGUCAAAGUGAGUUUUCCCAUAGCUUCCAGUCUCACACCCCUCCAAAUAAAAAGAAUGUGUUAGCUCUGUGCCGCAACCGCUGUGCUUCCAUGGAUGACGUUCUGUCCAGAGGAGAGCGAAAAACAACCAAGAAGGAAACAUUAGCCCAAAUCCCCACGGACCAUCUUCAGGACUUGAUCGCCCAGAGGUUGCAGACGACUCAAGAGCUCCUUGCUGAGAUCCAGGAACAAAAACCUCAUAGGGACAGAAUGGGAUCUUACCCCCAUCUGAGAGGGAUCGCAUCCCCCCGACUUCGCCAUCUCAAGGGGUCCGACUCUCCACACUACAAGGUCUCCAGCUCACAUAGCUCACCCCACAGCAGAGCAAACUCGUCCCCUGUUAGAGGUAAAGAUUCACCUGGUUCCAAAGGGAAAGAAUCACCUAAUGGAAAAUCAAAAGACUCGCCUCGCUUUAAAACGUCGAAAUCUAAGAGCAACUUUCGUUCGAAGAGCAUCGACUCACCUGAUUCAAAAGAGUCAAGUUCACCCCAAAUGAAAUGCAUCGAUCUGACUCACAUCACAGGUUCAGAUUCACCUAUUUCCACCGGCUCACACUCGCCCCAUUCGAAGUGUACAGAGCCUGUUUUUUUCCAGGUGUCGUACUCGCCCCAUGUCAAAAACAUUAAAGGUACAGACUCAACCCUCAGUGAAGUGUUGGACUGGGAUAGCAGGAGGGAAACAGCUGAGCGGCUGUUGCAAGAAGCCAUUUCAUCCUGGAGAGAAGCUAGAGAGAUACUGGCAGAAGUAAAGGAGCUACAAGCAAGACAGCAGCGGGCAGGGCAAAUUAAAACCGAGGCGCUUGAGACACCCUCACAGUGCCGCAAGCACAAAAGCCCCUGACCCUGACUAAAGCCUUGUGGGGCUUUAUAAUGAAUGCAAGGAAGAUGCUGUUUUGUCCACUGUGCCAAAUCUCACAGUUUGUUUAUAUAUUAAUUGUUGUUCCUCUGACACCUUAACCCUUUCUUGCACUCUGAAUAAUUGUAUUUUUACUUGUUAAAAUAGGACCCUACUUCCAAUGAUGUUCUGCUUCACUUCUAUAGCUAUUGAUAAGCACUGGAUUGUGGUUUUGCAGCUAAGCAAUAAAAAAUGGUGUACGGUUGAUGUAUGUAUUUUUAUCUGAAACGCAUCAGGUGAAAAAUGUAGUAAACACAUGGGAAUGUUUUGGUAAGAAUCAGCAGAGGGGCUAAGAGCAUGUGGUUCCAUCUUAUCCAUUAAUUUUCCAAAAAUCACUUUCAAUUCUGGAAUCGGAAUCGAAAUGUUGC